AUGGGUAAUCUCGACAUCAAAGUCGACCCGAUGGACGCGAUGGACUCGUUGUCGGACCAUGCAGACCUGGACCUCGACGUCUCGGUCGAAUCCACUCCCUCCCCAAAUGCCAGUCAACCCACGCAGACCACGCCCGCGACCUCGAAUGGUUCAGGCAACCAAGGAUCUGCAUCGGCUCCUCGCCGCCCUCCUCGCAAGAGCACCCUGACACAGCAGCAGAAAAACCAAAAGAGACAAAGGGCCACGCAAGAUCAAUUGGUGACUUUGGAAAUGGAAUUCAACAAGAAUCCUACUCCCACGGCCGCCACUCGGGAACGUAUUGCUCAGGAGAUCAACAUGACCGAACGUUCCGUCCAGAUUUGGUUCCAGAACAGUCGCCGACGCGCCAAGAUCAAGAUGCUCGCAAAGAAAAGCCUGGAAAAUGGCGAGGAUUUGGACAAUAUCCCAGAGUCCCUGAGACAGCUGCUGGCCAUGCAGGCCAUGGAAUCUGGAAGGCCAUUCCCUCGGCAGUUACUGCGACCUGGCGGGCCUAUGGCUCAGUACGGAGGCGGUGCUAUGAUGAUGAAUGGUGAUCCCAGCGCACAAGGCAAAGUUGUCAUUCAGCACUUUACUUGUCGCUCUUUGAGCAUCGGUACUUGGCGUCGCGUGGGUCAGAAUGCCAUGGACCUGGUUAUUUUCUACUCGCCCGACAAGGCGUGCAUCACCUACUACAUCAACAACGAUUCGGCCGGUUACAAGAUCGAGUUUCCCUUUGCCUUCAUCAAGAGCAUUCAGUUGGAACCCGGUGACACGGCGCCCACUGUAAAUGGAGCUCCACCGAGGCCAGGGGGACUUGUCAUUGAAUUGAACAGGCCACCCAAUUUCUUCAUGGAUUCCUCCAACUCAGGAGGCUUCUACCAGUGUGGUGACUUUACCGAGGACCAGCAAGCUUCCCAGAUUUUGGUUCACCAUCUCGGGGGACAUCCCAAGGUGCUGAGCGGUCAACUUGCCAAACUCGUCUCGCUCGAAUCGUUCCAGAACCGACUGAACCCGUUCGACAUCAAUGCCAUGCCUGCGUCUGCGCCAGUCUCUCCAAACAUGGGCAUUGUGCGACCCGCAUCCCAGCCCAAUGUCCAAUUCGCCCGCCCUCAGCCUCCUCAUGUCGGAAUGUUCCAAGAACAGUUCGGUGUGCAGCAUCAUCUUCACCCUGGACGGAUGCAUCCAGGCCACAAGCGACAGAGGAGUCGAUCUGUCCCCAUUGCCAUUGACUUUUCAAUGCUCCACGGACCUAUGCCGACCUUCCACAUCCAACAGCCCUCGCCUCAACUGGCGCCCGACCAGCACAACCUCUUCCAACCCAUGCCACAACAUCCCGUCCAGGCCCCUCUUGGGCCGACCCUGCAAAUCGAUACUUCGGCCGGAUAUGGCAUGGACUUCCGUCAAAUGCCCAUGUCCGCCACUGCCACAUCACCGUCGGAAUUCGCCAGCCCCGGCUUCUUUCCAUCCAACCCAGCUCAACCACCCAUGCCGGCAUCUGAGUUUGGCACGCCCCAGCAAUUCAACGCGCCAUUCUUGUCGCCCUCUCCCAUGGUUGACCAUACGAUGAUGCCUAGUUCGGUGUCUCCAAUGCCACACAUGGGUCAUCCGGACCCUGUGAUUGCCGACCACUCGCCCCCGUUGUCGGCGUUGCAUCGAAGCGCAUCGGCGGACAUGUUCAACCCGCACGGGAUGAUUGAUGACACGUUGAUGCUGGGGGAGAUGUACUCGAAGCAAAAUCUCAACAUGCCCAUGCCCAGUCCCGGGCUGGACGAGAAUGGGAUGCUGAUGAUGAACGACAUGUCGGAGUUCCACACGCCUCGAGAACACAUGGAUCUGCCGAUGACGCCGUUCGGCACCGUGGAUCCUCACGCUCUACAAGCUGGUCUCCAUCACUAA